ACCAGAGAUGUUCAGUUAAGAUCGCUUGUUACACGAGAGCGUGUGAACGGUCCUAUGAAAAAGCAUGGGCAAUAUUUGUUACUUAGUCUAAUUUGAGCGUGUAUUAAUCAAGUAAACUGACGAGUGUAGUGAUUCGGUGGUAAGUCGUUAGCUGGCUGCCGUAAACUUCAAGUUGCCGCACUUCAUGCAAUUGAGGCCUUCUGGUGCAUUUUACGUCUAAAAAAUGUGAAUAUAUAACUAUUAAGUCCAAUAAAUGAUUCAAUGUUACUGUUUUGAAGGUACAGUAAUUAUUCGGAGGAAGGGCUUGUUCAGCGGCCCCACUUCAUCGUCGCAACUCUUUCGCUGUUUCCACACGGCGUGAUAUCUACCGUCGUAGAACAUCUCCAGUGUCAAUGUCAAGUGAUCUGGGAUCAGCAGUUUACGCUAGAUCCACCUCUAAAGUCUAAUCAAACCUGAUCGAAAGCUUAGAUUGAAAUAAGGAAGCCGACGAGAAGGGUCCGCUAAUGAGGAUAGAAAUCACUCACACAGCAUCACAUUCGUUUCCAGCAUGAAUUCCCUCACAGGAAGAACCGUGUUGAACCUCUUCCGACGCGCUGCGACACCGGCUGGUGUGUCCCCUUUUCUGGCGGUGAGGGUCUGCCAUGGCGGGGUGAGCCGCAAAGGAAGCGUAAGCACGAAGAAGCGCGGCUAUGACAUCACCAGGAACCCCCACCUGAACAAGGGAAUGGCGUUCACUUUGGAGGAGCGCUUACAGCUGGGCAUCCACGGCCUGCUGCCCCCUUGCUUCCUGUCCCAGGAUGUCCAAGUGCUGCGUGUCAUGAAAAGUUACGAAACGCGCAUGAAUCCUCUGGACAAGUACAUCCUGCUGAUGACGCUACAGGACAGGAACGAGAAGCUGUUCUACCGAGUGCUGACCUCUGACAUUGAAGAGUUCAUGCCAAUCGUGUACACGCCCACUGUGGGCUUGGCCUGCCAACAGUACGGGCUGGCCUUUAGAAGGCCGCGAGGACUCUUCAUCACCAUCCAUGAUAGAGGCCACAUUGCCACCAUGCUCAACUCCUGGCCUGAAGAGAACAUUAAGGCAAUCGUGGUGACAGACGGUGAGCGAAUCCUCGGGCUGGGCGACCUAGGCAGCUACGGCAUGGGCAUUCCCGUCGGGAAGCUGGCUCUCUACACGGCCUGUGGCGGAGUACGGCCGCAACAGUGCCUCCCCGUGUUAUUGGACGUGGGGACGGACAACCAGAACUUGCUCAACGACCCCUUGUACAUCGGGCUGAAGCACAACAGGAUCCGAGGAAAGGAGUACGACGCUCUAAUCGAUGAAUUCAUGCAGGCGGUGACAGACAAGUACGGCAUGAACUGCUUGAUCCAGUUUGAGGACUUUGCCAACAGCAACGCCUUCCGCAUUCUCAACAAGUACAGGAAUCGCUACUGUACCUUCAACGACGACAUCCAGGGCACGGCCUCUGUCGCAGUUGCCGGGCUUUUGGCGGCUCUGAAGAUCACCAAAGACAAACUGUUAGACCACACCUUCGUUUUCCAGGGUGCUGGCGAGGCCGCUCUGGGGAUUGCUCACCUGCUCAUGAUGGCCAUGGCCAAGGAGGGCGUUUCCCGGGAAGAAGCCGCCAAAAGGAUCUGGAUGGUGGACUCCAAAGGCCUUAUUGUCAAGGGGAGGAGUCAUCUGAACCACGAGAAGGAGGAGUUUGCACAUGAGCACCCCCACCUGAAGACCCUGGAGGAGGUGGUGCACACCAUCAAACCCACUGCCAUCAUCGGAGUCGCCGCCAUCGGAGGAGCGUUCACCGAGAAGAUAAUCAAAGACAUGGCGUCCUUCAACGAGCGGCCCAUCAUCUUCGCCCUGAGUAACCCCACCAGCAAGGCCGAGUGCACGGCGGAGCAAUGCUACAAGCUCACUGAGGGCAGAGGCAUCUUCGCCAGCGGGAGUCCCUUCAACAAGGUGACGCUGGCUGACGGCCGCUCCUUUUACCCUGGCCAGGGAAACAACGCCUACGUCUUCCCCGGGGUGGCGCUGGGUGUCAUAGCCUGCGGAGUUCGCCACAUAUCAGACGAAAUCUUCCUCACUACAGCAGAGGCGAUCGCCGACAUGGUGACCGAGGAGCACUUGGCCGAGGGACGACUCUACCCUCCUCUCAACUCCAUCAGGGAGGUGUCCUUCAAGAUUGCAGUCAAGAUCGUCAACUACGCGUACAAACACAACAUGGCGUCGCUGUACCCCGAGCCGAAGGACAAGGAGGCCUUUGUGUUGUCUCACAUCUACAGUCCCGACUACGACUCGUUCACGCUGGACACAUACGCUUGGCCGCAGGAAGCCAUGAACGUCCAGGAUGUGUGACCGACUCCCCCCUCGCCCCCCACGUGGCAUCAGCAAGUACAACAAGUACACUCCCUCCUCUGUGCAUACGGCAUACUUUUCUACCGACCUGGUGUCUUUCAAGCUGAAAGUGAAGGAAGUGGUUCAAGAGGCAGCAAAGGACAAAGUGCGUCACAUACGUACGUACUCGCGGUGUUCAGUGGCGCUCGGUGUUUGAUUCUUUUACAACUCCAUGGUAACAUAAUCAGAAGCUCAAAAGUCACACUCAAUCCCGUGACGACUACAACUUUGUCCCCUUUUCAAGCCCCACGGCGUUUCGUGUUCUUUACAGCUACUAACUAACCGUGUCUGUCACUCCUACUAAACUCAUGCUCUUCAUGUUAGUAGUUUUGGAAGGCAGGGGAGUGUGCGUGUGCGUGCGUGCGCACGUGUGUGUGUGUUUAUUUAAAUGACCAGCGCCACCUUCAAAUUUGGGUCAAAGUUCCUGAUGCAAGUGUGAAUGGUUGAUGUUUUAAAGGGAACAUUAAACUUUGUAUUGAUUUAUGUA